AUGCAGGCCCUGAUCGACGCUGGAGUGCUGACCGGCAGUUCAAAAUUCCACCAUUUUCUCGAGUCCAUUGCCACCGAGUACUAUAACAAGGAAGCAAUCCUGAAACAGAUGUCCGACCACUACGAAGAAGUGACCAAGGCCAGUGCUGACGACCGCAUUGCGUAUCCAAUGGGCGUUAUCGCCGGUAUUCCUGGCAUUGGCAAAACUCGGGCCUUGUUCGAGUACAUGAGGCACGCGAUCGAGUGCACGCAAAAGUCCUCCACAACCACCCAAGUUGUGCCAAUCUUCGUGACUUACAACAACAAGACGUUGUUUGGAGCGCUCGAUCGAGCACUUGGCGGCGGAGCGAGCAUCGCCUACAGAAUGCUCCUGUCGUAUGCCAUGCCCGGUGCGGCCUAUUGGGAGAUUGAGCAGGCAAGCAAAGUUGCAAAGGCCAUCGGCAACAUCGGCCUCAAAGAUGCCCUUGACAUUAUCGCCGAGCACGCCCUGCAACACACCCCGGACCUGAGCGUCUUUGGCCUGCCUUCCUCAACCCACCAGUCAACUAAGCCACAGCGCGUGAUGUUCGUGCUCGCUGUAGAUGAGUUUCAACGGGCUUUGACCAACAGUGGUCACACCAGCAAGCCUCGCGACGCCACCACCAACAAGCCGGACAGCCCUUUCUUCCAGGCUGUUUUCGACGCUCUUGGAAAAAACUCCAUAAGGGCCACCGCCAGUUCAUGGCAUAGCACCGCUCUGAUUGCGGGGUUGGUGUAUGUUCCAUUCGAGAAUCUCGUGCGCACGUCGAGCUACACCAUCGUGCGUUUCGAAGUCCCGUCCCUCACCUUCCAGGAGUCUGAAGACUGGGUGAAAGCCUUCCUGGAGAGGCAGAAACCCACAACGCCCGAUGCCCAAGCCCAGUUACUACUCGCCCGGAAAAAGCUGCCGUCUGACCGGGCAUUCCAGCGCGUCUUGAUCUACGCGUCUGGUCAUGCCCGAAGUUUGGAGCGCAUUUGCAAGGCUAUAAAGUCGCUCUCGCUUGAGAGCACGUUCAUGCAAACUUCAGAUUUGAACAUGCUCAUGGACGCGAUCGAUGUUGCUAUUGCAGCUCGAACAGACUCAAUCUUGCGCGACCAGCUUGAGGAUAUUCUGACAGCGAGCCUCCUGCCCCCGGUCUUGUUUAGGCUCGUUUUGGAUCGCCAAGCUCUCGAGCAGUGCAAUGUGGGAACUGUUCUCCGGAAUGCUUUCAUCAUCCCAAUGCCGAUGGCCUGGACGCUGCUCAAGCGCAUCGACGACAAAAUCAAGGCGCUCGCAACGGCGAUCGAUCAGGACCCAUCCCUCGAGCAUCGUGUUGACAUGGCCGCGGGCUUGGUGCGCCGAGAAGGCAGACCUAUGCCGGCUCAUCUGACCGCCUUGAAGCAGGUGAUCGACAAAUCCUUGCCGACCAGCCAGUCCCCGCUGUCUUUGGAAGAAGCUUGUGCAGCUGCCUAUGCCCUUCGACAGCAUGCUUUCGCUGCCCAGUCCAGCACAGCAAGGAUUUCUCUGGGGACCUUUCAUGAUGGCGCACGUUUCGCCGACCUUCCGCCUGAUGCCGAGACUGCCCAGAACCUCAUGAUUCCCAAACCUUCUGGUCUCGAGGCCAUCAGGUGGGAGGCAAUGGAAGGCCAGUAUGAUGUCUUUCAUCGAGACCUUCGCACGCCUGGCACGGUGUACUUCGGCCUGCUGAACAACGCUGCCGCCGACUUUUUUACCCUUCAUCAGAACGCUCCAGGACAGAAUUACCAAGUUGUCGAUGCUGGCGAUGCCAAGCUAUACCAAAGCAAAGACUUCACCAGCACGCUACAAGCAGAGCGAGUCAAAGCGGUCCAGGCUGCUCUUUCCGAGAACUGGACGGAACAACCACGACCCAAGCUCGCCCUGGGCCUCUUUGUCGACGGGCACGCUUCAGCUUCUGACAUCGAUCCUUGUGUAUACUACGUGGAUCGCGCGAACUACCGCCGCUACUUUCCCGCUGUCUUUUGGCCGAUCUACGGUGUGUGA